AGGGUUUGCCUUUCAUCUUCUCUUUUCGUCGUUCGGCUUCGUUGCUUCGCAGGAGCUUGCACGCGUCGAUUCUUCGGCUCCUUCUUGGCUAUUGGACUUCGCUCCUUCGACGAUCAUCCCUUCCUGUCGGAUCGGAAGUUACGACAUUUUGAUCGGAAGCAACAACGGGAGCUCUGUGAAGGUUUCUUGGUUGCCGUUUGCGUGAGAGCUUCCCUCGCUUGCCAUUGCCUAUCGAGGGUUUGCUUUUCCUCUUCUGCAUUUAAUCGUUGCUGUCCUGCUUCGCGUGAAGUAGAGUUCUGAAAGAGUCAAAGCUUCUCCGCCUCCUCCUCCGACGUUGUUCCUGUCGGAUCGGAAGUCGCGCCGGGAGCUCGAAGGUUGUUCAAGGUUUAAGCGCUGUGAUUUGAGGAAAAAUGGUGCGUUAUGUUGCAAACAAAUUACUUUUAGCAUACAUACUUUGACAGAUAUGAUUAUCUUGGAAAUUCUUUUGAGCAGACUUAUCGCUGCUAUCCUACAUCCUUUAUUGAUAAGCCACAGCUGGAAGGUGGUGACAAAAUUAUAAUGCCUCCCUCAGCCCUAGACCGCCUUGCAUCGUUGCAUAUUGAAUACCCCAUGUUAUUUGAACUGCGUAAUGCGGCAACUAAGAGAAGUUCUCAUUGUGGUGUGCUGGAGUUCAUUGCUGAGGAAGGGAUGGUUUACAUGCCAUAUUGGAUGAUGCAAAAUUUACUUUUACAAGAGGGCGAUAUUGUGCAAAUCAAGAAUGUUACUCUCCCGAAGGGAUCAUAUGUCAAGUUGCAGCCACAUACAAAAGACUUCUUAGAUAUUUCAAAUCCCAAGGCCAUUUUGGAAACCACAUUGAGGAACUACUCUUGCUUGACUACGGGUGACAGUAUCAUGGUUCCAUAUAAUAAUAAAAAGUAUUACAUAGAUAUUGUGGAAACAAAGCCCACUUCUGCAAUUAGCAUUAUUGAGACAGACUGUGAGGUUGAUUUUGCACCCCCACUAGAUUAUAAAGAACCUGAACGAUCCCAACCGUCUGGUCUAUCCAACAAAGCACAAGGUCAAGUUGAAGAUGCUCUCGCUGAACCUGUGGCUGAUGAACAGAAGUACAAUCCUUUCAGUGGUUCGGCAAGGCGGUUGGAUGGAAAGCCUUCAACUUAUGCUCCCAAUGUUCCUAACCUUGAGAAGUGCAGCCAGCCAGAAGUCGCCGGCUCAAAGAGUUCUACCACGAGCACAUCACAGAGCUCUGCUUCACGCAAAACCUCAGGGAAGCUAGUCUUUGGUUCAAAUGCAGGCCAUGCUACCAAAGAAGCUCAGAGGGUACCGCCCAAGGAAGAACCUCCAAAGAAAGAAGAGCCCAAGUUUGAGGCAUUCACAGGGAAGAAGUACUCACUGAAGGGCUGAAAGAGCUGAUAAGCUUGUAGCAAUGUUUUAUCAAUGUUAUCAAUGACUAGAAGUGUUAAUAUUUGGUAAAUAAUUUAUCAACUUGUACAGCCAUGCUGCAGUAUUAUAAGGAUAAAU